AAGUCUGCUUUUAGUGGUGUUUGGGGCAGGCAGUGGACAGCGAAAUGUCCCGUAGAGAAGCCCCGGGACUUCUUGUAGAAGUCAAAACCAAGUUCGACGCCGAAAUCCGACGCUUUUCAGUACAAAGGGAAUCCCUGAGCAAAUUCGAUGACUUUUAUCAGAUGAUCGAGCGCUUCCAUUGUCUCGCCGAAGUCCCGUUUACAUUGUGCUAUACUGAUCCUUUGCACGGAGACGUGCUCCCGAUAAACAAUGAUGAGAAUUUUGCACGCGCGGUUGUCAACGCAAAGCCCAUGCUCCGGGUGUUCGUACAAAGGAAGGGUAAUCAGUGGGAAGGUCUCAAUAGUUACGGAGUUCGCACACGGAAAGGAUUUUUUGCAGCGUAUCUUCCCAUGGGGAACUCCGAGAAAAGUAAACCUCAGAUCUCGUUGCCAGAAGACUUCCGUCAAGUCUCUUCGAUCAUUGACGUAGAUCAAGUUCCCGAAACUUGUCGGAGAGUGAGACUCGUGAAACACGGAUCCGAUCGACCACUCGGAUUUUACAUCCGAGACGGAACAUCGGUGAGAGUGACCCUUCAAGGGCUAGAAAAAGUUCCCGGCAUCUUCAUCUCUCGACUCGUGCCUGGAGGACUCGCGGAGUCCACGGGACUUCUCGCUGUCAACGAUGAGGUUCUAGAGGUCAACGGCAUCGAGGUUGCGGGCAAAUCAUUAGAUCAGGUUACCGACAUGAUGGUUGCGAACUCCUCAAAUUUAAUCGUCACUAUCCGGCCAGCCAAUCAAGGAGCCGGCGGCACGGGUACACUCCUACCUCCCAGAAGAGGAUCAACUUCGAGAAGCUCACAAAUGUCCCACGCGUCCUCGGGUGGCGUUAGCAGCGACGUAGACGAAGAUGAAAUAAGGGACCACACAAUGAUGCACGACAACGAUUCGUGCAACAAAAAUGCGUCGGGCACGGGUGGCGGGAGCGUGAUCACGCUGUAAAUCAUAAUGUUUUGUAUAUAUUUCCAAUAACUCUAGGUAAUAAAAGAACCUCUGUGCCUUA